AUGAAGAUGUUUGGACGCAACAUCCCCGCGCUCGCUAUUUUGAGCAUUGUCAAUUUUAUGCCGGCAAAAGCACAGAAUAUGUCAUACGGUGCCGACAACUUCUAUCGCAGUGACAACGUCACGCUUCAACCCAUCACUUUCCUAAGCCAAUACCAGACAACUGUCGCGGGCAACCUCUUCAUCCCGAAGAAUCUCAAUGGUAGCGCCGCUUUACCAGCCAUCGUUGUCGGCCACCCUAUGGGCGCAGUGAAGGAGCAGAGUGCAAACCUCUACGCCACCAAGUUGGCCGAGCAGGGAUUUGUCACGCUUUCACUUGAUGUGCCGUUCUGGGGCGGCAGUGAGGGUGAACCACGCAAUGGAGUGGCACCGGACCUCUACGCGGAGGCCUUUAGUGCGGCAGUGGACUAUCUCGGCUCACAGAACUCUACGAAUGUCGAUCGUGAACGAAUCGGUGGCCUAGGCAUCUGUGGCAGUGGCUCUUUCGUCAUCAGCGCUGCGAAGAUUGACCCGCGCCUAAAGGCGAUAGCGACUUCAAGCAUGUACAAUAUGGGUGCUGUUGCCCGCCAUGGACUGCGUCAUUCUCAGAGCCUUGAUCAGCGUAAAGAGGUCAUCACCUCGGCUGCACAUCAGCGCUGGACUGAGGUGGAUGGCGGUGAGGUUCAGUACACAGGCGGAACCCCGAGUAGUCUUACGGCGAACUCGACCGCAGUCGAUCGUGAGUUCUACGAUUACUAUCGCACCUCACGAGGUGAGUUCACGCCUGCGGGCUCGACACCGCUGCUUACGACGCACCCGACGCUCUCGAGUAACACAAAAUUCAUGAACUUCUACCCUUUCAACGAUAUCGAUACAAUCUCGCCACGUCCGAUGCUGUUCAUCUCAGGCACAAUGGCACACUCACGCGAGUUCAGCGAGGAUGCUUAUUCACGCGCGGCAGAGCCAAAAGAGCUGUUUUGGGUGCCGGGUGCUGGCCAUGUCGACCUUUACGAUCGUGUGGAUCUUAUCCCAUUCGGCAAACUCACUCAAUUCUUCCAAACUAAUCUUGCAUAA